GUGCUUCGGCGCGCUUUAGGCGGCGCGUGGCCGCUACGCUCUCGUCGCAGCGAGGGGCGCUGCUGCGGAGCGGGCGGGCUCGGUGGUGGGCAGCGCUGUGGUGGCGGUGUGGCUGUGGGCGUCGGCUGAGAGAGCGGGUCUUCCCGCGCCUCUCACAUCCAAAAGGCUUUAUUUUCAAGGAGAAAAGAGCGUGGCGAUAUGCUGAGUGGAAAGCACGAGUGCUUUGUGGAUGGUGGUAAUGAGGAGGAGCAGAAGAGGAGAAAGCUGAAUGCUCUCAGGCAAUAUCUUAAGAUGCUAGAAGAGGACUUUUCAGAGCCAAGUUACAGAAGGAGUGACUUGAGUCACAUCUCAAAGGCUAUGAUUACGAAAGAGUUGCAUGAUGUUGUGAACGAUGAAGAGACUCGUUUUUUGGGUUCCUCUUCUACAGAAACUAAAACUGGUGUUACACUUGGACUGUAUCAUAGCACAUCGGACAGGGUAGCAAGGCCCUUCAGUCUUAAUGCUGGAGAGAAAAAUGUUCAGUGCUCGGUUUCCUCAAGCGGUGAGCAGAAGUCUAAACUAGUUCUUGCUCCAUCAACAGACACGGAAAAUGGAACGAUAGAAGAUAUCGAUGAAGCUUUGUGGACAGGUGUUUAUAAUCUCAGCUGCUUACAAGAUGCAGAUGAGAUGCUGAAACGCUUGGAGCUGAAAAUGAAGCAGGAAGGAGGCAAAGUUGCAGAAACUGUGGAUAGAAAAUUUGAUGAACUUACUACUUCUAUCCUGUCAAGGAAAAGAAAACUGCAUUCAGAAUUAGCGAAGAGCAUUGACAUCUGUGGUGCUGGUAUUGCAACAGCUAAGCAAUUCAUUGAAGAGAAGAAAAAAUGCUUGAUUGGUGCCAUUAGGAUUGGAAGGGAGUUAAAGGUUACACCUUCUGUAAGAACCUAUUGUGACCUGACUCAGGUUAUUCGUGAUUUGACGAUGCUGGUUGAUACUGAGCUCUCAAGAGUGAAUAGUUUGAAGGAAAAAACGAUUCCAAGAUUGUUGAUGAACACGGAUGAGAUUAUGUCAUUACUACAAAAUAUGGGAAAGAUCGAAUGGGAAACGUUGGUACAUGAGGAUAAUGGACAACCUGCUCUUGCCUUUGAUGACAGAGAAAAAAUACCAAGCUCCGAUAAUCAGUUACCUGUAGACAAUAUGUUUCCAGUACGUGAUAGAGAAAGUAAAAUAAAGGCUCUGGCUAAUAAGUUCGGUAUUCAUGAAGGAGAGAAAAAGGGUCGAGAAUCACUUCCUGUGGUACCUCAUCGGAGUAUUCCUGAUGUACCCAAGUCUCCGUCCAGCCCUGAUGUAAUAAUAGAAGAAAUAUAUGAAGAUAAUCUGGAAAAGUUUCCCACAGAAAAUCAUCACGACAAACAGAGGAAGGAACUCUUCAAGGAGGAAACAUACUCUGAACACAAAACUGGUUCAACAGAACUAGUGUUUGUAAGUCAUGUUGUAAAUCCUUGCCACUUCUAUAUUCGGCGAUACUCACAGAGGAAAGAAGGUGCUUUUUUGGAGAUGAAAUUAAAGAAUUUCUGUUGUAAUAAGAGUUCAUAUUUCUUGCCUUCAGAUAUUUUGGAACCAGGUGAUAGAGCUUUUAUUAAGAGGAAGGAAACGGGGAUGUGGUGCCGUGGAACUAUCACUAAACUAAUUCCUAUGAAAACUAAAAAUGAGCAGAAGACUUGUGGUCCAGUACGAUGCAGAGUUUGUGAUAUCGCAGUGAUGGAAGUGUUUCUGAUUGAUUUUGGGAGUUUGGAAGUCUUUAAGUUCUCAAGCAAAUACACUCCUGCUGGAAGGCCUGUUGUUGCUAUUUUACGAGCUAUUGAAGCAGAUGACAUUUGUUUGCUUAUGAGAAAGCCUGAUCAGCGUAUUGGAGCUGAACUUCUAGCUAUUCCUCCCUUAGCAGUCCAGUGUUCAUUGAAAGAUAUCGUUCCUAAAAAUGCAAGUGAAGGCUGGGGAGAAGAAGCAAAGAAAAGAUUUCUAGACAUGGUAAAUAAUAAAGUCGUUUUAAUGACAGUAUUCAGAGAAGAGGAUGGCGUUCUCAUUGUGGAUUUAAGAAAACCUCCGUGUAAUAAAAUAUGCAAUGACAUGCCCUUGUCUCUCAAGGAUGCAUUAGUUUUUUUAGACUUGGCAAGGUUUAAAUCGCAUCUUCCCAACCACUUACAAAAUAAUGCAGUGUUCCAGUACAGUCCCCCUAAGAUGCCACAAGAAAAGGAAGUGGUCCCUGUCACAGUUUGUCACAUUAAUAGUCCAAGUGAUUUUUAUCUCCAAUUGGCAGGUAGUCAGGUGGAUUCAGCAUUUCCAGAGAAAAUUGAGGGAACAGACAAACAUAAGGAUAGCAAAGACAUGACCGUUGCUUGCCCAGUUGAAGGCCAAGCCUGCAUUGCAAAACACAGAAGUGGGAAUUGGUACAGAGCCCAGAUCAUAGGGUUGCCACAUCCACAAGAAGUUGUGGUCAAGUACAUCGACUUCGGCAGCAUUGCAAACGUACCUCUUACAGACAUACUCAAUAUAGAAGAUGAGUUUCUGAGCUCUCCAGCAAAGGCAAUCAACUGUAGGCUGGCUUAUAUUAAACCUUAUGAAGCAGCAGGUGAAUGGAGCAGAGAAACUACAGGAAGAUUCAAAGAAAUGACCGAAGAUAAAUUUAUGGUGUGCUCAGUUGUUGAGAUUCUAGAUAAUACUUUAUCUGUUGAACUUUUUGACUCCCGUGCUGCUUGUGGAAAAGGCUCAAGUAUUAACUGCCAGCUAGUCAGAGAAGAUCUUGCAUCCUUUAUACCUGGGUGCGUUAGAGGUACUCCUGUAAGUCCCAAGGAAACAUGGGACACUGCUCUAGAAGAAAUUCCUGAAAAGGUGGCAGCUUUAAAUCCAAUAAACACGAGAGCCCUGGAGGAUCAGGAUUUCAGAUCACUUUCUAAGAAAGAGUUACAAGUGAUGAUUAGUCACGUCGUGUCUCCGAGUAAAAUUUUUAUUCAGUGGCUGUCAUGGGAAAGCAAACUGAAAAGUUUACAGGAGAAGAUGGAUGCCUACUACAGAGAAUCCCAGCCACAGUCUGUGAAGUGGGAAAAUAAUAUGCACUGUGCUGUUUAUGUACGUGAUUUGAAACAGUGGCGGAGAGGUCGAAUAAGCAGAAUGGUCUCUGAAACAACUGCUGAGGUACUACUCUAUGAUUCUGGAGCGGAAAAAAGAGUGGAUGUCAGCUGUCUGCGAGAACUUCAGGAAAACAUGAAGAGAAUGAGAACGUUAGCAGUAGAAUGUGCUUUAGCAGAUAUAAGACCAACAGGUGGAAGCACGCAGUGGACUGCAACAGUGUGUGAGUGUAUAUCCUAUUGCCUAACGGGGGCAAAAGCAAAAGUAGUAAUACAGGAAACCGAUGUGGGGAGCGUGUUGCCUGUGAAAAUUCUUUGGAAGGAUGAAGCAGGAGAAGUGAUCGAUUUUUCAGAGCACCUCGUUAAAAAGGGUUUGGCUUUUAGAAACACAAGAACGGAUAAAGCUGCUGUGGCUUGUGCAGUCCCCAAGAAACAUCCUGAAGUACAUUUAGAGCAAGAGAAGCCACAGCUGAGCAGUUGUAAUUCAGAGCCUGCAUGUGCAAGAAGCAGCACUGAUGAAGAGGAAGGCAUUGGUGUUUCAAAGAAUGAACAGAAGUCACGUGAAACAUCGAAGUCACUGCUGCCUUUGGAAAUGAAUAAAAAAUAUAAAGCCCCCAUUAUACCUGAAGAAAGAAACUUUCGGGCUGUAGUGAGCUGCGUUGGAGAUGAUGGAACUAUUUAUAUAAUACCGAAAUCAUCUGAAAGUGAACUAAACAAAUUGAUGGUUGAAAUACAAAGUAACUUUAAGUGCCUUGGUCUUCUGGAACCCUACUCUUGGAAAAAGGAAGAAGCUUGUGUUGUAAGAGGGUCAGAUACCCUUUGGUAUCGAGGUAAAGUUGUAGAACACGGUGGUGGUACUCUCCAGGUACAGUACGUAGACAGUGGUUGCGUAGAGAGGGUCCCUCAGUGUCAUCUCUGUCCAACUACACUGUAUACCUGUAUUCCUCCAUUUUGCAUACCAUGCCAGCUCUACAAGACAGUACCAAUAGGAAAUAUUUGGCAGCAGGAUGCAGUGGAUCUCCUUCAGAAUCUACUUAAAAAUGAAGAGGUUGAAAUCCAUACUCAGGAGCUCCCAGAUAGCCCCUGGGGAAAAUUGUCCAUCAGCCUGUAUUUCAGUGGAGUGUCACUUUCUUCCUUCAUGGCAGACCAGAAGUACUGUGUUCUUGAUGACAGUCAGGACGUUGCAAAGCAGGAGCUGGUUGAACGACACAUUCCUGUUCUGCCUUCAUACAAGUUGCCACAACUACCUGCUCAAGGAGAUAUCUUUCCUGUCAGAGUAACACAUUUUGUGACUCCUAAGGAGGUGUAUAUCUGCCUUAAUCCUUCUGAGAACCUUAGCAAGCAGUCUGGUGCAGAGGGAGAUGCCAGCUGCUUCUCGGAGUUGAAGAGCCUUGAUGAAGCCCUGAAAUGGUGCAAUAAAUAUGUGGAUAUUCUUCCUCUUCUAACAGACUUCAGAGCAGAAAUGCCUUGCCUUGUAGAAUACGAAGAUGGUUUGUGGUAUAGAGCGAAGCUUCUCUCUGUUGAAGAAACUGAUCCCGUUAAGAUCCUGAUUCAGUUUGUUGACUAUGGCAAUUUUUUAGUUGUCCCAACAAGCAGAUUGCGUCAAAUACCUCCUCAUGUGCUGAAGUAUCCUGUUCGGGCAGUACACGCCACAUUGGCUGGCUUUAAACCUCCAUUACGUGAUAUGAAUGUAGAAAGAAUUCCUUACUGUCAAGAGUGGAGCAUGGAAGCAUUGUGGGUGAUGAUGGAGUGCACGGAAGGAAAACAGCUCUCUGCUUCCAUACUUAAUCUUCCACCAGAGGUCACAAUUUUCUUGUAUGGCGAUGAACAAGAACUGGUUCAUAUGAAACUGAUAGAAAUGGGACUUGCAGAUUUGGACAUUUGAUAUCAUUUCUUCUCGAUGUCCUGUGCCAGUGGUUCUCAGACCAAGAUCCGUGAUUAGUUAUAAAUGUCCAUCCAGUCAAACAUGGAACACAUCAAAGGGAAGCUUUACAGGAUGCGUUCUCUGCAGAGCAUACUGAAGGACUGCUACUGCUUGGUUUUGGGGGGGUUGGUUGGUUUUGUUUAACCAACUUCGUGUUAUAGUUCUUUUCCCUCCCAUUUAAUAAGCACUCUUCUCACCUACGUUUACUGUUUUCUCUACAGUUUUGAAUCUUGAAAUAAGGCUUUAAGGUCAAAAAUGAUUUAGAAUAAGCACACUUAACAUAUUGUUCUGUCAACUGUUCCCAUUAGAGUAGAUGGAAUGAAUGUGAAAUAGUGAAGAAAUAAAUACGGAACUAAUGUUGGGCACAAUUGUUCUCAUUACAGUAGGUGAAGGGAUGAUGAUACUAUGAUGUCACUAGUUUAUAUUUCAGGCAUAGCUGUUGACAGUGCUGUGGUACUAGAGUUUGGAACUGGGACUGAGCAGGUGGGAGAGGGGGAUGUUACUACUGCGGUUGUUACACUACAAUGCAAAUGUGUUUUUUGGUUUCAGCACGAGAUGGAUGUUUUGUGUGUUGUUGCACCUCUUCCUGUUCCUUUAUCUACGGCAUUCAUUUGAAAGUGUUAGAAUAAACAGGAGUUUGCUCAGCAUGCAUCUGAAA